UUCAAUAGCUGAGGAGAAUUUAGGGCGACAAUACUCAUAAAGAGAUAUAAAUGUUUUUUAAGAUUGAGUAUUAGGUCUAAAUUUAGAGGAGUGAGAGAGAAGUUCUUUUCUUGAUUAACCUUUCGGGAACUGUUGAAUAUACGUAUGACUUGAGAGAAGACCACCACAACAACAAACGCUGUUCCCACAAAUUUCAAACACAAACCACUUCCUCAACCAAACCAAACACAAACCUCGUUUGAUUCAUGCCAUGCCAAAAUGCUCAACAUUUCCCAAAACCCUCAAACACACACUUCAACUAACCCAAACCCAAACCCUUCUCUCUUACUCUUCCUCCAACUUUCCUCACCCUCCUCCAGUUUCACCUCAAAUCUUCAAAUCAACCCCUUCCCACAAAUGGGGUUCUUACAAAUUAGGCGAUUUAUCCUUCUACUCCCUCAUCGAAAAUCUCUCUUCCACCUUCGAUUUCCACUCCUUGGAACAACUCCUUCAUCGAAUGAAGCGCGAAAAUCGAGUCUUUAUCGAGAAGAAUUUCAUCCUCAUGUUCAAAGCCUACGGAAAAGCACAUUUACCCGAAAAAGCUCUGGACUUGUUUCACAGAAUGUCCACUGAGUUUCACUGUAAGCAAACCGUUAAAUCCUUCAAUUCUGUUCUCAAUGUUGUUAUCCAAGAGGGUCAUUUUAAUCGUGCUUUGGAGUUUUACUCUCAUGUUAUUGAUUCCAAGAGUUUUAAUCAUGUUCAUCCCAAUGGACUUACUUUCAAUUUAGUGAUUAAGGCUUUGUGUAGACUUGGUUUGGUUGAUCAAGCUGUUGAAGUUUUUCGAGGGAUUAGUGUUAGGAAUUGUGUUCCGGAUGGUUAUACGUAUUCCACAUUGAUGCAUGGUUUGUGUAAUGUUGGGAGGAUUGAUGAGGCGGUUGCGUUGUUGGAUGAGAUGCAGAUUGAAGGUACGUUUCCUAACCCGGUUGCGUUUAAUGUUUUGAUUAGCGCGUUGUGUAAGGAAGGUGAUUUGGCGCGUGCGUCUAAGCUGGUUGAUAAUAUGUUUCUUAAGGGGUGUGUUCCGAAUGAGGUGACGUAUAAUUCGCUUGUUCAUGGGUUGUGUUUGAAGGGGAAGUUGGAGAAGGCGGUGAGUCUAUUGAAUAGGAUGGUGUCGAAUAAAUGUGUUCCUAAUGAUGUUACUUUUGGGACGCUUGUUGAUGGGUUUGUUAAGCAUGGUAGAGCUUUAGAUGGGGUGCGUGUGUUGGUUUCGUUGGAAGAGAAAGGUCACCGCGGGAACGAGUUUAUUUACUCGUCUCUUAUUAGUGGGUUAUUCAAGGAGGGGAAAUGUGAGCGUGGGAUGCAAUUGUGGAAGGAGAUGGUUGAAAAAGGAUGUGAACCGAAUACGAUAGUGUAUAGUGCUCUUAUUGAUGGUCUUUGUCGAGAAGGGAAGCCAGAUGAAGCGAAAGAGUUUCUAUUAGAGAUGAAGAAUAAAGGCCACAUUCCGAAUUCUUUCACUUAUAGCUCCUUGAUGUGGGGUUAUUUUGAAGCGGGUGAUAGUCAUAAAGCGAUUCUUGUUUGGAAAGAGAUGACGGAUAAUAAUUGUAAUCAUCACGAAGUUUGUUACAGUAUACUUAUCAAUGGAUUGUGCAAGAAUGGGAGGCUUAAGGAGGCCUUAAUGGUGUGGAAGCAAAUGUUGAGUAGAGGAAUCAAAUUAGAUGUUGUGGCUUAUAGUUCAAUGAUUCAUGGCUUUUGUAAUGCUCAGUUAUUAGAACAAGGGGUGAAACUUUUCAAUCAGAUGCUUUGUCACGAGCCAGAGUUACAACCCGACGUGGUUACAUACAAUAUACUCCUUAAUGCUUUUUGCACGACGAAUAGCGUCUCCCGCGCUAUUGAUGUUCUAAAUACUAUGUUAGAUCAAGGCUGCGAUCCUGAUUUUAUUACUUGUGAGAUUUUCUUAAAAACUUUAAGAGACAAUAUGGACCCGCCUCAAGAUGGGAGAGAGUUUCUAGACGAGCUUGUAGUCCGGUUAAUUAAGCGACAGAGAACAAUUGGUGCUUCCAAUAUCAUAGAAGUCAUGCUUCAGAAAUUUUUGCUGCCCAAACCUUCUACUUGGGCCUUAGCUGUUCAACAGCUCUGCAAACCUACGAAAGUUCGAAAAAACAUCAUUGAAUGUUGGAGUAGGCUGCAUUGCUGAUACCUAAAAUAUGUUAUUCAAAUACAACUUUUUGAAGCUAUGGAACUCCAGACACAGGAAUGUAUUGAUCCAGACCCUCAAGCUUUCAAAAUUUGUAUGCAAUGAUGAGUUUGAUACCAAACUUUUCUUCUUUGUGCUUGCUUGAAGAUAUUGGUACCUGCACAGAAUUUCUUUUUUGAAAACUUGGUAUCCGGUCUUGAGACCAACUAUAAUCCAAGGGGAUCAAUUCUACCGUCCGCCAGUAGGGGCGCCAUAUAAAGCCAGAGCAAAGCUCUAUAUGAACUGUCCCAAUACAGAGAUCGUUAGUACCUAGCUGGAUUCAAAUCUGAGACCUUGAGAGGAGCUGACUUUCAGGUCCCAAGCUUUCACCAACAGGCCAACCCUUGGGGGUAGCAUGUGCGCCGAGUUAUUGCCAAACAGGCGACAAAUGAGAAUACGGCCACUUAACAGAUGAAACUGUUUAAACCUCUUCCAGUCAUUGCAAAAUUACUAGAAUCAUUUGCUUUUCUAAUAUUUAAUCUUUGCAACAUACAAUGGUGAGAAUGUUACCGAAAGGAUUAAAGUGUUCAAUAUUCAAUCAACUUUGAUCUGUAAGAGUGGAUUUCAUCAGGGCUCAGUCAAAGUAAUUGGCUGUAAUGUACACUCAGUAAUUGGCCAGUAAAUCAUUUCAUACAAUUUGCAAGUAUUCUGCAGAUUGCAUUUGUGUCAGGCUAAUGAAAGUCAAUGAUGAUGAAUGCAGACAAGAUUGCUACUGGAUGCCAAUGUACAGAAUUGCAAAGGAAAAGAUUAUUAAAAUUCCCUAGUUGACUCUAGUUAUCAUUCACAUAUGAAUAUGCAUAUGAGGUGGGAAAAUUGUGGGGCUGAUUGAUGAAAACGAAAGCCGAGUGUCAGCUAUUGUUGUUUAACCGAUUAACUUGUACAGAUGAAGUUUCUUAAACUUCCUCCAUUCCAUUGGUAUAAUCAAAACACAGUCUUUAUGUGAUACUUGAUUUUUAAAAACUUGAUUAUUUGUUAGUAAAUCAUAGCCAUCUGUUUUCUUUGUAUACUAUAACAAUAACGAUGUAUUCUCAAUAAAAUCAUGGUAGGGAUAAGAAUAUGAUUAUUUAUUAGUUUGCUCUUAGUUUUAAUUUCUUGUUCUUCUCUUAUCUAUCUAAUGCUGAUAAGUUUUCAGUAUUGAACCUUGCUUGGCAUCUUGUGUGAGAGGGUAAAAUACUGGAUGCAUGGUUUAUUAGAAUAAACUGACUACACUAACUAUUCUUCAGUGUUGAACCAUGGGAAAUGGAUUUUUUUCUUCCUGCAUUCUAUAUCCUGGAAUUCAUAUCCUAUAUCUUAUCUCUUCUCCAUCAAUGUCAUCUUGUGGUUUCUUCUUUCAACAACAUUACUGACAAUGUUUUGAUUUAUACCUUACUUCUAUAAUCCCCA